GACGGUGCUGGAGCUAAAUAAAGUCGGUGUGGUGUGGUGUGGGAGGAUGUGGUGGGAGGAUCAUGUUGAUGCUUGAACACUUUCCAAACUCCAGCACUUUCACUCCGUCAUGCGCGUGUCUGUGAGCGGCUGCGGCAGGUUCACGCACUGAUGUAGGAGAGCGCGCGCACACGCCACGCCACGCCACGCCGCGCCGCGCCGCGCGCGCAGAGCGAUGAACCUGGACCGGAACUGUAACGUGGUGCAGAGUGUGGUGGGAUCCCGCAGCUGCGCGCUGUUCCGCGGCCACUGGCAGCCCACGCUCACCUACUGGAGCGCCUUCUUCAGCUUCGGCCUGUGCCUGGCCCUGCUCGGCCCCACCGUGCUCGACCUGCGCUGCCAGACGCGCUCCAGCCUGCAGCAGGUCACUCUCGCCUUCUUCGCGCAGCAGCUCUGCCUGUUCGUGGGAAGCUUCGUGGGCGGUUUCUUCAGCAAGUCACUUUGCUCCUCUUUGUCAUCCCUCGCUUCAUCCACAUUCAUCAUCUCACUGGUGUUCGCCUUCAUUCCGCUAUGCAGCAAUUUGCUGAUGCUGGUAGCUGCAAUGGCUAUUACAGGCCUGGCCAUGGGCAUCAUCGAUACCAUCUCCAACCUGCAGCUGGUGAAGCUCUACCAGAAAGACUCCACUGUCUUCCUCCAGGUGCUCCACUUCUUCAUUGGACUCGGGGCAUUGCUGAGCCCCCUCAUCGCUGACCCGUUUCUGUCUGAAACUGACUGCAUCUUAGGAAACACCACCAUCAAUUCAUCAUCAACCAUGAAACACUUGAGGAACACGCUAUCUGGCAGACACCUACAUAACGUGUCCCACAUUCCUCUCCAUACUGAAGGAGAAGUGGUGACCAAAGUGUCCUACGCCUUCUGGAUCAUGGCGUUCGUCAAUCUUCCUGUGCCUAUCGCCGUUCUGGUUCUAAUGUAUCGGGAGCGGCUGCUCCCAUGUUGCCCUGAGCCCAGUCCUCGUCUCUUGGGUGGGGAGUCGCACUCGGAUACAGUAAAGAUGCAGAGAAUCUCGGAGCAGACUGACAUGAGCACGACCGAGCUGCACGAGCCUACAGGCCACAUGGACAUGCUAAACUGCUAUCACCUCAGCAAGCUGAAAGGACUUCCGCCAUCUUUCUUUGGGCUCCAUGUCUUCGGAGGGAUGGUGCUUUUCUUCUCUGAUGGCAUAGUGGGGUCAUACACGGGUUUCAUUUACACCUACGCAGUGGCUCCUCCCAUGAGUCUAUCGCACAAGAUGGCGGGCUACCUGACCAGCGUGUUCUGGGCAGCCAUCACAGUGGGGCGUCUGGCCUCCAUUCCGCUGUCUUACCGGGUCAAACCCGUUCGCCUGCUCAUAUUUAACCAGGUUGGAGUGAUAGUGACUCAGUUGCUUCUGCUCAUCCUCUACACGAACAGUGCCUUCCUCUUCAUCGGUACCUGCUUUCUGGGUCUGUUUAUCAGCAGUGUCUACCCGUGCAUGCUGGCUUUCACGGAAGACCUCCUUGACUACAAAGGUUGUGCCACUACAGUCCUUGUGACCUCUGCUGGAAUGGGAGAGAUGCUUCUGCAGUUACUGGUGGGAUCGAUGAUCAACACGCACGGCAGUUACAGCUUCAUGUUGUGUGGCAUGAUCUUUGGCUGCAUGGGCUUCACACUCUUCCUGGCACUGCUUUUAGUUCAACACAGACACAAAAAGUACUUAGCAGGCUUUUCUAUUUCCCAGUGUACUCUUUCUCUACUGAUAAACAGGUAAACUGUGCUAGCUGCCAAAUUAUGAAACGGCAAUGCUUUUUUUUUUUUUUUUUUUUUCUACCAAAUAAUGAACUUGAAAUUAUUCCUCCACGUUUUGACAUUUUUGGCAAAAAGGGAAUUAAUGUUUUGUUAUUAACUUUAAGUGUGAGGAAAAAGAGGCUGUUAAGGGGAGCAACAGUUUAUAGCUGCUAUAAUGUAACUGAGAACAGGAAGUAACUUGUUUUGUGGCUCUUCCACAACAUUAAAUGUAACUAUAAAUGGUUAGCUAUAAAAAUUAGGACGUGUCGUUCGUAAAUUGAAUUAAGGCGAAUUGCUGCAGUAUAAGCUGAAUAAAACACUUGGGUACAUGGAAAUAAUCAACUUCACGGUGGUAAGAGUGACUCUGCUUCAUCAAACCAACUCAUUAUUGAUUAUUUUCCUAGAAUAGUACACUUGGGCAUGUAUUCUUCUCGGAAAAUAAUCAAUAAUGAGUUGUUGUGAUGAAGCGCAGUUAACUUUACCACUGUGAAGUUGAUCAUUUUCCUUAAAAGUAUAAAACAAUAGAAAGGCUCCUUGGACUGUAUUGAGGAUCAAAUGUUUGUGAUUCAGUAUCCAAAAUUCUCAGAAUUGUCGGAAUUCUGGUCCAAACAUCAGUCAUUUAAUAUCAGUUAAUCACAUUCCAAACACUGACAGCAUUUAAAAAUCAAGCAUUUAUUUUAAACAGAGUGAGUGUAAUAAGAUUAGAUCUUCUAGCAGACAAUAGCGUUUUAAUAUAAGCUUGCUUUUGCAUGCAGAAAGUCAUAAAAUGCACAUCCCACUAGCUUCCUGGAAAAGCUUCCUCGUAUUGUGCUGUGUAGCUGCGGGCGUGCUGGGCCAAGUCCAUGACCUUUGACCCUGAAGAAGCAGUUGUAGCUCCUUGCACUGCCAGCGUAUUAUUAAUAUCCACUGUACUGCAUUAAAUAGCUGCUUAUUUACAUCUGUUUGGGCUUCCCAGGUGUCUAAGUUAACACAACAAACCUCAGACACGGCUGACUGAUUUUGUUUUCUUUAAUAUUUGUCCUUUUAUUCAACAUCCACAAUAGCUAUUAAGCCGAAUCGACAGUUGUAAACAUUUACGCUGGUUGUCACAGAUUGAAAAGACAAUGGGACAAAACGUUAGCAUUUGCACAUUAGAAUUUCUUACAGGCUGAACAACAUUUACAUGAUAUGUUUAGGACUGGUCACUUAUCAAGGCAGUGUUGGAGGAAAAAAAACUUUUUUUCACUAAAUUUUAACUUGUGCAUCUUAGAGAAAGCAUGAUUGUGUGAUUGAGUUGACUUUUUUUUCCCCCGUCCAAAUUCUCAGAAAAUUAAAUGCUUAAGAAAAAAUAAAUUCAUUUAUAGCUUGAAGAUGAAUGGGCCACAAAAUGAGUAUAAUUUUGGAAAAAGUAGUAAAUAUAAAGAUUUCUUUAGCUGUGCAGUAAAAGAUGUACGUGCAUAGAUUCAUCUUUUGUAGUAGGGAAACUGGAGGUAUGCAGUUUUUCUUUUUUAAUCUGAACAGAAUUGUUUAACAUGAUAUAUUUAAAUUUAAGUGCCCCAGAGAAAGUUAACACUGAAAAGUUAUACACAAAAAUAUAUUACAGAAGUAUGGGAAUGCUACAAAUUUAAAAUAAAAAAAAAAAAAGACCCGAUUUUAGAAAAGAAUGUGCAGGACUAUCUAAUCACUUAAAAGAUACAGAUAAUAUUUACACACAAGCAGACAAACAUAGAAAAGCUAUACAUAAAAUGUCAGCUUCUUUUUUUUUUUUUUUUUUUUUUUUUUUUUUUUGG